GUAGGAAUGAUCCCCUGAUAGUCCUGUCACAAACUUUUCUUUUUCUGUGGACUUGUAGUGCAGCUGCUCUGGGCCACUGCUAGGUGGACUUGAGAUGUGGAAUGACUCAAAAACCAGUCCUCUGUGCCUUACACAUUCCAAGUGAUGCCAGUUGAUCUGCAUCGGCACGUUCUCCUGAGCUCUGCUGUCUCCAUUAUCCAGUGGAGGGGGAUGAGGUUGGAGGGCUGCCUGCAGCUUUUUCUGCUCAUGGCCUUGACAUCCAGAGCUGCAGGUCUCAAUAUUCCUUUGGAAGUGGAGCAGCCUCCCACCAUCACAACUAAAACAUCCGGUACUGUUAUUGCACUUCCUUUUGACCCCAGUGUCAUUUUGAAGUGUAAAGCCAAGGGCAACCCACCACCAGAAUAUAGAUGGACCAAAGAUGGUAAAGAAUUUACCCCCCCAAACAGAACAGACCACACAAGUGGCACUUUAGUGCUUCACAACAAGAACCUGGCCGAUUAUCAGGGUAAAUACCGAUGCUAUGCUUCAAACAAGCUAGGGACAGCCAUGACAGAGGAGAUCAAGCUGAUAGUUCCCAGUGUUCCCAAGUUUCCAAAGGAGACAAUGUAUCCUAUUGUUGUUGAUGAAGGAGACCCAAUCAUCUUGCACUGUCACCCUCCUGAAGGCAUCCCACCACGUCAGAUCUACUGGAUGUCUAUUGGUCUCCAACACAUUGAGCAGGAUGAGAGGGUUUCCAUGGGCAGUGAUGGCAACCUGUACUUCUCUAAUGCCUUACAGAAAGACAGCCGGCAGGACUACUGCUGCUUUGCUGCCUUCUCCAAAAUACGCACCAUCGUCCAGAAAACUGCCAUGGCUGUUGUGGUCAAAAGCUUGAAACCUGACAAUGAUUCAACACACAGCAGCAAUGUCACCCUAGCCCCCCCACUGAGGAUGCCUGGCCUUCUGCUGCCCUCUGGUGUUCAGACAGAGAAGGUGCUGUUGAAGGGACAGAGUCUGGAGCUGGAGUGUAUACCAGAGGGAUAUCCCACUCCCAAGAUAAGGUGGAUGAAAUUAGGGGACGAAAUGCCUCCAGGGGUAAAAUAUAACAACUUUGGAAAGCAGCUGACCAUAUCUGCAGUAGAGGAGAAGGAUGCAGGGAAAUACAUGUGUUCAGCCAAGAACUCUAUUGGAGAGGCUGUGCACUACUUCGAUGUAACAGUGGAAGAGCCUCCAGAGUGGCUGCCAGAGCCUCCUCAGAGCCAGCUGACUGUGAUUGGGUCUGAUGUGCACAUCAAGUGCUCGGUCAGUGGAAGACCAAUACCAGAUAUAACAUGGAGAAGGAAUGGUGAAGUUUUUAAAGAUGACCCUGGGAACAACAAGCAAGUGCUCGAUGACACUGUGGUGCUACAUAAUGCCAGGCCAGAGGACAGUGCCGUCUACCAGUGUGAAGCUUCCAACAAUCACGGCACCAUUCUGGCUAACAUCAACAUCAUGGUCAUGAAUUUGGCGCCUCAGAUAUUGACAAGGGACAACCAGGAGUACGCUGUUGUACUAGGAGGUGACAUUACCAUGAACUGCAGUGUUUUCGGCUCUCCUCUACCUUCCGUCUCUUGGACCAAAGAUGGGACUCAUGAAACCCUUUUGGGUCAGCGUUUUUCUGAACUUGACGACGGAUCUUUGCGAAUCAUCAAUGCAGAAGAGGACGACAGUGGGAAUUAUGUGUGUGUUGCAGUUAACACAGAGGGCAAGUCAGCUGUCAUUGCUGCGCUGGAUGUGAAAGCCCCUACAAGAAUAGUAAUCCCUCCGCAGGAUGUGGAGAUCAUCAGUGGGACCACAGCUCAGUUAACAUGCCAGGCAGAGUUUGACAGAAGCCUGCAGGGCACCUUUGAGGUGGUCUGGAGGAAGGAUGAGGACGAGAUCCCGCUUUCCUUUGAGGGAAAUUCUAGGUUCAGAUAUAUUGCAGAUGAUUGGAUGCUGCAGAUCAUGAAUGUUAACUUAAGUGAUCAGGGAUUUUACACAUGCAUUGCUAGAACUCAUCUGGAUGAGGUCAAUGCAACUGCACUGCUUACUGUACUAGAUGUUCCAGAUGCUCCAACAAAUGUGCAAAAAACUGAACAUAGGAGUCCGAGGAAUAUCAGCCUGUCUUGGGUGCCUGGAAAUGAUCACAACAGCUCUGUAAUAGAGUUUAUAGUGGAGUAUGAGGAGAGCCAAUGGGAGCCUGGCAGGUGGAAGGAGCUACAAAAAGUCCCUGGUAACCAGGCAACAGCCGAGCUGGCACUACACGGGCAUCUUAACUACCAGUUCAGAGUGUAUGCUGUUAAUGCGGUGGGACCUGGACCCCCAAGUGAGCCGACUGAGAGACACAAAACACCCCCUGGUGCACCUGGUAGGAACCCAGAAAAUAUCAAAAUUCAUGGCCAUCUUCCUCAUCAAAUGGACAUCAGCUGGGAGCCUCUGUUGCCAAUUGAACACAAUGGCCCAGGCCUUGAGUACAAGGUGAGCUACAGGAGGCUCGGAGUGGAUGACGACUGGAGCUGGCAUCUGGUCAAAAGACAUUCAUUUAUUGUGAGGAACACUUCCACUUUUGUGCCAUACGAGAUCAAAAUUCAAAGCAGAAACAGCUACGGCUGGGGACCCGAACCUAAUAUUGUUACUGGUUAUUCUGGAGAAGAUGUCCCUACAGCGGCACCACGGGAUGUAGCGGUGGAGGUGAUCAACACAACUGUUCUGAGAGUUAGCUGGACCCCAGUUCCACACGCCACAGUGAGAGGUCAUCUCGGGGGCUACAAUGUUAACUGGGUGAGAAAACGGAGUCUGCUGAAUCCCAGUAAGACCUUAGAUGAGCGCAGCUCCCUGUCUUUUCCCGGGAAGAGGAAUCACGCCAUUGUGCCUCAACUCGAGCCAUACUCAGAGUACAGGCUCACUGUCAAUGUUUACAACAAGAAGGGUAAAGGUCCCAGCAGUGACCCGGUCACUUUCAACACUCCAGAGGGAGUCCCUCGGCAGGUGCCCAUCCUGACCGCCUCCAAUGCUCAGACAGAUUCCAUUUUGCUGGUAUGGGGCCCACCACUGGAAACAAACGGCAUCCUUACUGGUUACCUCCUGCAGUACCACCUCCUUAAUGAGACCACACUGGAGGUGGUCGAUUCCCAGGAGAUAAACAUCACUGGGGCUGACACCUCCCAGUGGCGGCUUCAGGGCUUGGAGGAUGGCAGCCUUUACCGCUUCCACCUCAGUGCGUGCACUCGAGCAGGUUGUGGACCUCCGCUGGCCCAGGAGAGUAGCACCGUUGCACAAGCACGUGAAGGUAACUGGUGGAUUUCAGAGGCUGUAAACACUUCUCAAAGUUUCCACGUAAUCGAUGGACUCAAACCCGGGACAAUGUACACCAUACGCCUUGUGGCCAACAGGCUGUUCGAUAACAGUAGCAUUUUCGAAGAAGUUAUCCAGACAAGAGUCAAAGGUGUCGAAGGGCAGCAGAGUGAAUACUCCAGCCAGGGCUGGAUCAUUGGGACCAUGUGUGCCGUGGCGCUCCUAACUCUCAUCGCUCUCAUGGCCUGCUUUGUGCGGAGAAACAAAGGUGGCAAGUAUGCAGUGAAGGAGAAGGAGGACCUCCAUCCUGAUGUGGAGUCUCAAGAAAUGAAUGAUGACACCUUCUGUGAAUACAGUGACAGCGAGGAGAAGCCACUGAAGGGCGGCAGCUUGUGUUCCCUGAAUCGAGAUGACACGGCGGGGGACAGCAUCAGCAGAGACAGCCUGGUGGACUACGCAGACGGCGGAGGAGAAUUCAAUGAGGAUGGUUCAUUUAUCGGAGAAUAUUCCGGACGCAAGCACGGAGGCUCUGUUAGCGAGCCCAGCGGACCCAGCCCAGUCACUGCAUAAAGCUGGGCUCUGGUUGAAACGGUCUGCUUCAAAUCCUUUCAAGAUACUUUUCAAAUUCAGCUUCCCUGGCAUUAAGUGCAGCUCCAAUGGCCAAAUAUGAGGGAAGAAAAAUGACUCAAAUGUGCAGAAGUUUUUACAGCAGGCAGAACUUUGCCCAAGGACUGGGAAGGAAAUUAUACACCCACAUUUACACCAGUGUGAAUACUGUGUGAGUCUGAGUGAAUACUGUGAGAGAAUGAAACUAUCAUGAGAGUGUUUUAUGAUUUUAUUAUUGAUAAUAAAAUGUUUUUGUACCUA